CACCGUUGUUUGAAUAAAGGCUGCGAGCCAUUUGGGAUGGUUUGACACAGAAAGAUGCCUCGCGUCUUUUUUAGUAUUAUUAUUUUUUAUUUUAUCUUAGUGCCUGCAUCGAUGCUAUAACUGUAUCUUUAUUUAUCUCCAUCAGUGUGGCAUGACGGCUAUGAGACCUGUACCACGGCCAACUGUUUGUCUUGUAGUACACCCAGCUAGGAUAUAUUACUGGUAUUUAGUGAGUGGAUUUACCUAAAACUGAAAAAUGUUAAAUCCAAGUUUUAUUAAUAGGCCAUUUCAUGUUUUAUCUUUAAUGUUUACUCAUGAAUUAUGCACAUUAUCAUUGACACAUCUUCAUUUUCAAACAGAUGUGAGCAGAGCUUUCCAAGCCAUGUGGAAGAAAUGUGAGGACUGUAGUGGUCAGGAAUACUCCGCAUUCCUGUCCCUCACUGCAUCAGGAGACUCUCCAGAUGUGAAGUGUGAGAACAUAUACAAGGAUUUUUCUGAAUGUGUCCUGGAGCUGGGGGAGAGCAUGGACAACUACCAGGAGAACGUGACCAGUGAGAGCGGAGUGGCAGCCGUGUGCAGCCACUGGGAAGCCUUCCACACAUGUGCCCUCACCGCGUUGUCAGACUGUCAGGAGGAAGUCAGCUCCAUCUGGGAGACUCUGAGGCAGGACUCCAGGAAGAUACGCUUCCAGGGAAGUCUGUUUGACCUGUGCAGCCCCAGCUCCUCCCCCGGUACUAGUUCACCUCUUGCUGCCCUUACAUUGCCACUGAUGCUGGUUGUAACUACUGGGCCCAGCUGGUGCUCUGUAUAGAUGGAGGGUGAAGAGGUUUUUCUCUUCACCCGGAGGGUUCAGUUCUCCUAAAUUUAAACUUAAAGCCAAGGAUUUAAGAGGGGCAAAUGUUUUUAAAGGAGCCACAGAUGUCUCUGGUAAUCAAAAAUGUUUGAAUAAUGUUUGAAAUCCUCUCAAAUAGCUUUUUUUUUAAAUUUUAUUUUAUUAUUAUUUCCUUAUGUCAAGAAACUUCUGGCGGAGCAAAAAAAAUUCCAGUUUAACAAUCCAGAUUAAAGGAAACAAUGGGAUCUUAGUCUGAUCAGGUCUGGACUCAGACACCUGUGGCUCUGGGUCAUUGAUAUACAAGGGGUGGACACAUUAUCACAUAUGUCAGUUCAAUAUAAUGCAAUCCAGCACAGCCUGCAGUGUAUACCUCUAUGUAGAUUAUAAUGUUGAGUUCUUAUGGUCUUUUUAAAGCAGUUCUUGUGGAGUUGGUUUUUAUUACAGUAUAUGACAGUGAGGUGUUUCUCUUAUUGUGUCCACCCCCUGUUCCAUGUAUAAUGUUUAAAUUUUGUCAUGACAGUUACAGGAACAGUUUGACAUUUUGGUUAACAGAUUAGAAAACUAAUCACAUUUUCAUAGUUGCCCAGCAGCACCAGUUAGCUUAGCUUGGUGCACAUAAAAGCACAACGGUUCCAUCUUUACAAGUUCACACAGUUUGAGGUAAAUCAGACAAAAACUGGAUUGUGUUCCCUUCACUCAGAGAUGCUGGCUACCUUUCCCUUAUUUGCGGUCGUUUCAAUAGAACUAAGCUGAUGAGCUGCUGGCUUUAGCUUCAUCUAUCGAUCAAAUAUGAGCCACGAAAAAAAUGGAAAUGUCAAACUGCUCCUUUGAUUAGGAGCUACAGUGUGUGUUAGCACCCAGUUUAAUCUCUAGUGAGUUUGUAUGAACACAGUCAAGCAAUGGUUAUGUAAUUAUCUAUCAUGUUACAAAAAACAGUAAAGGGGCACUUCACCAAUAUACAACAGCAAUAUCUUGGCAAAUCUUUGCAAAAUGACAAGAAACUGUAAACAUAAAUUAAAUUAACUCAGAUGGUGUAUCGGUGAAAUGCCCUUUUAACUUGCAGUAAAUGUUGUAGUUAAGUGACAAUCAAGAAACUUGUACACAACCCCCCAGCCCCCCCACCCCCACGACACUUUGGCCCACCAUGGCUGAUCUUGCACGGCUGCUAUAAGACACCAAAAACCAGACAUCUGACAUCUGCGUCACAUUCAGUCCAUGCUUUAGUUCACUCACAGCUGUCUGCUGACGUCUGAAGAGUGUGAAUGUUAAGUGUUGUUUUGCAGAUUUGUGUUUCUGUGAAGAAGGAAAAAAAAACUCACCUGCAUUUGGCAUGAUAUCACCCAUUGCCAAGUAUUUUGAAUACAGAUGGAGAUUGGCAUUUGUCUUUAGUCAUGAUGCAAACAUCAUAUUUUUUUAUUUAUUUUUUAUAAUUUAAAAAAUUAUAUGUGAGAAUUAAGCCUAAUAAUUUAACAAUUUUAAUGUUCAUCUAGCUAAAACUGGGAAUCUGCAUUUCAUCAGACAGGGAGGGUUUUUUUAGAUUCCAGUCAACAAUACUAAAAUGAGACAUACACCUGUCAGUAAAUGUUUUUGACUUUUUCCACAGCUGACAUCCUGACUUGUCUCAGUACUGAAAGCUGGAAGUAUUAGUAAUGGCGGCAUUCCGCUCAGUGGAUGUUCACCUAUUGUACACUUCACGGAAUUCCAGCGUCAUUAAUACACCUGUGCUUUCCGUUCUCUGUCAAGUCAAGAUGUCUGUCGUGGAAAAAGAAGGUAAAUUUAAGAGCCUCACAAACUCCAGUCUGCAAUGUGACAGUCGAAUUAACAGCAACACAAGGAGAGCUGUAUUUUCCAUUAGUAGUGUUAGGUAUACCUAUAAAUUGGAAGUUUUAGGUGUAUUUCAUAUUAAAAUAACUACAAUUAAUCAAUAAUGAUGUGUACUUAUAUGUAACAGCAAAACUGAUCACUCCUGAAACACAAGGCAGGGGCCCAUUUUUGCCAAGUAUCCACCUGUGUCUAUGAUUUUGUGUCUAUAGUGUUAAAAUGAUGCAUCAUAUAACUGUUAUACUGCUUGUUAACUGCUACAUGCUUUUAAUCAGGCAUGUUUUUGGACAAACUUGAGCUUCAUUUCACAGAAAAACCACACUACAAACUUCAAAAGCAGUUAAGUAAAACAGUGAUACAACACCCAUCAUUCCCACUCAUUUGACUCAUUUAGCAAAUAAACCUCUUGAGAUAUCAGUAAUUGUAAAGCCCGUUUUACGAAUUCUUCACUGGAAACAUUCGUAGUUUUCACUCUCACUACAGUAAUGACUCGCUACGGUUCACAGCAAAUGAGAACGCUUCAGGUUUAAUGUCUUGUAUGUCUGAUAUCUGUGUCACCAUUUGCAUAUUUCCUUUUAAAACUGACCACCCUGACAAAUGUUAUGAAAAUGACGUGUUAUAAAAACAAGGACAGUUUCUGUGGUCCUGAAUAUUUUUUUCCUGUGUUCUAGUGCAUGGUCAUUUUUGUGGCGAUGGAGAGUGUUAAUUAUACCUUGGGUAAAGUGUACAGUGGUCUUGAUCUGUGCAUGAAGUUAGGUUAUAGCUCCCCGGCGUAACAGCAUCCUUUGUUAUGCAGAUUUAUUAUCCACACGCCCCCAUCUCCCUCAACUCCAUUAGCAUGUUUGUUCUUGCAGUUUCUGUUUAUUUUUCCAAGUGGUAGCAUCACAUCAUUCAUUGUGUGUCCGGAGGUGACGAUACAAAUCAUUUGUCCUCAAAGCAUGAGCAAUAUACAAUCACUUCUUAAGAGAGGACAAUGAUCCCUUCAUACUCUGUCGAAGAAAGCAUGAAAAUGAUUGUGACCAUGAGCACUAUACCAUCAGUAUGUAUCCCAAUGACAGUUUAAACAUGGAACGAACUCCUGAAUGUAAAAUCAAGUUCUGUACCCGUGUUUUUUUGUUUUUGUUUUUUCAGUUCACAGAUAAAAAGUACAAUAUCUAAAGCAAUAUAUGGAACAGUAUUGUGUUUGUAAUAAUAAAGCACCAUGUUUGAAACAUA